AUGUUURCAUCAAUUAUUGUAUUGUUUYUGAAAUAUUUAUUAGCAAUUAGUUUAACUAUAUUUCCAGUAUUACUAUAUGUUUAUUACAAACAUAAAUACGGUUAUCGCGACCAAUGUUUGGCCAGAAUUCCCGGACCCGAUCCCCGAUACCCGUUGAUCGGCAACUUAGACCUGUUUCGUAUACCUGGCGUUCCUCUCAAUGAAUGUAUUUAUAAAAUACUAGUAUCGCUGUGUAAACUAUAUAAAAMUAAUGGUAUUUAUAAAAUAUUUUUGGGAACACAACCAGUGAUUGUUUUAUUCAAACAUAAYUUACUAAAUACUAUAUUUUCAAGCAAUGUUAAUAUUGAAAAAUCUGARCAAUAUAAAUUUCUAAGUGAUUGGUUAGGCGAUGGCCUAUUGUUGAGUACCGGUGCUAAAUGGAAAGGUAGACGAAAACUGUUGACACCGGCAUUUCAUUUCAAAAUAUUGGAUAGUUUUAUACCAUUAAUCAAUGAACAGACAUCAAUAUUUGUCGAGAAAAUCAAAGAUAUGUCAUCUCAGAGACAAUAUAUUGAUAUCCGGGAACCGAUAGCUCAGUUAACAUUGGAUAUUAUUUGCGAAACAGCAAUGGGUGUACAAGUGGGCGCACAGGUAGGCAAAAAUAAGCCAUACGUUUCAGCCAUUCAYGAUUUGGGCGAAAUAUUUAUGAAACGUAUGUUUUCGCCGUGGAUUUGGUCGGACAUCAUAUUCUAUCGGACAUCGAUUGGCCAUAAAUUUAAGGGAUCUCUUCAAACGCUUCAUUCAUUUACMCGCAAUGUUAUCAAUCAAAAGAAACAACAGUUUAUUAUUUCAAAUAACGACUCAAAAACUACGGAUCAGUUAACAAGUGAUGAUAACAUCUAUUAUUCGACAAACAAGAAGAAGAAGAAGAAGAAAAGUAUGGCAUUUCUGGAUCUAUUACUCGAUUAUCACAUCAAAGACAACAACAUAUCUCUGGARGACAUACGCGAAGAAGUGGACACUUUUAUGUUUGMMGGACACGACACUACUUCGGUAAGUCUCGGAUGGACUCUGUAUUUGCUUGGAUUGCAUCGYGAAGUACAGCAUAGGAUUCAGGACGAGUUGACCAYAAUUUUUGGUGACGACGACGACAUCAACAACCAGAGAGACAUCAMUGCCGAAGACAUUCAACGKAUGACAUACUUGGAGUGUGUWCUGAAAGAAUCGUUACGUAUGUAUCCUUCGGCACCGUUUAUUGCCCGCCGAUUGGUCGCCGAUUGUCCGGUCGGUGAUUAUGUUAWACCUGCCGGUGUCGACGUAUUCAUAAUGAUUGAACAAAUGCAUUACGAUUCGGAUGUAUUUCCCGAUCCCAACCAUUUCAGACCCGAACGCUUCGAAUCGGUUACCAAUUCUUCCUCCUCCUCGUCCUCGACAACAAUAAAUGCCUACAAUUAUGUGCCGUUCAGUGCCGGUCCUCGCGGUUGUAUUGGUAAACGKUUUGCAGUUACUGAGGAAAAGAUAGUAUUAGCCAAAGUUUGCCAAAACUUUUAAUUGAAUCAAUUGAACCGUUAGAUUGUGUCAAACAUCCGCUGA